AAGAUAUACGAUGGCACAGCACUCGCGGUGAUUGGAGAUGUUGUAUUUGUAUCUAUGAACUACAGAUUGAAUGUUUUUGGAUUUCUCAGUACAAGAGAUAGCAUAGUCCCAGUUACCCAUAAGUGCUAUCAAAUGGAAUCAUUCCAGGAAACAUGGGUUUACUUGACCAGAAGCUGGCGCUCCAUUGGGUGAAGGAGAAUAUAGCACGGUUUGGGGGUGACCCAGAAAGGAUAACAAUAUUUGGAGAAUCUGCAGGUGCAGCUUCUGUUACAAUACAGGCCUUUUCUCCACAAAACAAGGGCCUUUUCCAGCGAGUUAUUGCACAGAGUGGGUCUCUCCUUUCAUCAUGGGCCUUUAACUUGGGUGACAGUGGACCAUCAGUCAAGGAUAUGGGAGAAAACAUACAUGUGGGCUGUACAAAUAGUAGCAUGUCCGACCUAGUUGAGUGUCUACGGGGGGUAGAUGCCAACCAGCUUUUUAGUGCUUCUGAGUCAGUUGUCCAGUAUACAAAUUUUGGCGUCAGAUGGUUGCCUGUGGUAGAUGGGGAGUUCAUCACAGAAGCUCCUGCAAAAUUGGACGAGGCCAAGGGCCAGCAGUAUAUGCUCAUUAAUCUAAAUGGAAGAAACAAAAAUGAGUACUUAUUAUGAAUGAUAUAUAUAUAUGGUAUGCAUAUUUCGGUCU